CCUAGUUUGAUUUCCUAAGGGUUGAACGCGGAGCUCUCUCUCUUCGAUUUCCUGCCCCAAAUCCAUCUCCGAUUGUUCAUCACAAGUACGAAUCCAUUCGUAUCCAAAACUCUCGAUCUUAGAUUUCGCAUCUACGAGAUGGGUUCCAGAAAGCCAGACAAUCCCCUGUACGGAGACGGUGCUAGCCCUGGAAAGAUUUUCGUUGGUGGUCUUGCUAAAGAUGCUACCCUUGAGCAAUUUUCUGCCUAUUUCGGAAAAUACGGAGAGAUAACGGACUCCGUGAUAAUGAAAGAACGAGUCUCUGGUCGGCCAAGGGGUUUUGGAUUUAUAACUUACGCCGAUCCAUCUGUUGUCGACACUGUUAUUGCUGAAACCCACUUGAUUAAUGACAAACAGGUUGAGAUCAAAAGGACCAUCCCUAAAGGUGCUGCUGAAUCCAAGGACUUCAAAACUAAGAAGAUUUUUGUUGGAGGGAUUCCCGCAUCUGUAGAUGAAGAUGAACUUAAGACUUUCUUCUCAAACUAUGGUAAAGUGGUGGAACAUGAGAUUAUUAGGGAUCAUGUGUCUAACCGUUCCCGAGGCUUUGGAUUCAUAGUAUUUGACAAUGAAGGAGUAGUUGAGAGUAUUCUUUCUUCUGGCAAUAAGAUUGAUAUGUCUGGCACUCAGGUUGAGAUCAAGAAGGCUGAACCAAAGAAAUCCUCAAACCACCCUGUAUCUGCACCCUCAUAUGGUAGUGAUUCUAGGGGCCGUGGUUACGGUGAUAGUGGUUAUGGUGGCUCCUAUGGUGGUUUUGGGGGUGGUGGAGGUUUUGGCCCUGCUCCUUAUAGGUCAUAUGGAGGAGCUGGAAAUAGGUUAAACGAUUAUGGAGGUUAUGGUGGUGGUGAUUUUAACAGUCGUUAUGGUGAUUUUGGUGGAAAUGAUUACAUGGGGUACCGUGGGGGGGAUCAGUCCCUUGGCUAUUCUAGCCGCUUUGGUUCCUAUGGUGGUGGUUUUGGUAGUGGAUAUGGAGGGGGUGGCUUAGGUGGUGGUUAUGGCCGCGGAAAUGGUGGUGGCGGUGGUUAUGGUGGUGGUUAUGGUGCAGGUGGAGGUCCUAGUGGUGGUGGUGGUGGUUAUGAUUCUGGCCCUGCUGGUGGAUAUGGUGGUGGUGCAGGUGCAGGUGGAGGAGGAAUGUAUGGAGGUAGGGCAGGAGGAGGAGGAGGAGGAGGGUAUAACGGUCGUUAUCAUCCAUAUACAAGGUAGAGAAAGCUAAGAUUUUUUUCCCGCAACUCCCAAUAGAAAUAUUUAAAGAAAAAAGGGUGGAAAGUGUCUAGAAGAUCAGAAGAGAGAUUUCCAUUAGACUGUUGAAUCUUAGACUUGGUUUUUAUGUUAAGUUUAGACUGUAUGGUUCCUUGAGAGUUCUACUUGUUUAGGAACUUAGAGAUUUGGUUAAUGUACCUUAGUGAAAAUUGGAUACUUUUGAGAGGUUUUCUAUUAAGUUUUAAGACUAAUUAGCUUAUUGUGUUUGA